AUGUCCGACGACUUCCGCCCCCGGGCAAAGUUCCCGAUCGACCCCUUCGCCGCCAUCCCCCACAGCGCCAGGGAGCCCUGGACACUCCACCCCGAGCGGCUCGCGGCCCGGGCGCGCGACGUCCUGCUCGUCCUAGGAGUCACGCCCGCCACAAACCUCGCGCCCCUCCUGCACUCGCCCCAGCUGUCCUCCGGCCUCCUCCUCCUCGUCUCCCACGAACCCCUCGCCCUCCCCGCGCACCCGCACCCCGCCGUCCGCGUCCUCCGCCUCGCCGCCCCGCUCGCCCUCGAGAACGCCGGCUCCGUCCGCCUCGUCGGCGUCCUCGAGUGGGCCGCCCGCAUCGCCCGCCUCUGGCGCCGCCGGCCCGCGCACGGCGUCCUCGAGCUCGCCGAGGGCAGCACCGACCCCGCCCCGACACCGCGCAGCGCCCUGCCCUCGCCCCGCGCGAGCGCCACGAACCUCGUCCCGCUCCCGCUCCCCCCGUCCCGCUCCUCCUCGCCGAAGCCGCCCCCCGCCGACCCGUCCCCCCGCGCGUUCGACGCGCUGGUCAACUUUCUCCCGCCGCACCUGCCGGACAAGGCCCUCCUCAAGCACGCGAUCCUCGUGACCACCCUCUCGCGCACCUUCCUCGCCGCCCCGCCCGCCCGCCGCCGCUCCUCGCUCUUCGCGCGCGCGGGCCCCGUCCACGCCCUCCCGCCCGGGCCGCCCGACGCGGGCGCGCCGUUGGUGCACGUCCUCCCCGCGGCGUCGGGGGACGCCCGCCCGAAGCUCGUGCACGGCAUCGAGUCCUUCCUCCUGUCCUUCUGCGUCCCCGCGGCGAUGCGCCCGCCCGCCCGCGAACGCACCCUGCCGUACCUGCUCGACGCGCGCGCCUUCGCCGCGGCGCUCCCGCACGACGCCGCGUACACCGUCGCGGACGCGCUGCUGUCGGGCGCGCUCGACGGCGGCGCGCCGCGCGCGUGGGUCGCCGGCCCGGCGGACGUCGUCCUCGCCGCCUCCCCGUCCUCACAUUCCGUUCCAUCCCGCCCGUGCCCGUACUCGGAAUCGCUAAGUAUGCCCGCGAUGUCGCGCGCCCGCGCUUCUUCCUCGAAUCCCGGGCUGUGCGCGUCGUGCUCGAGCGCGGAGAGCUCGCCGCCCGCGACGCCGCGCGCGGACUCGGCGGCGUCGCUGCCGGCCGUGUUGGAGAGGGCGGCGGGCUCGGGGUCGGGGUCGGGGUUGAAAAGCACGCCGGGUGAGGAGGCAGGGGAGGGGGAGGGGGAGAGGGAGGUGAGGAGGAAGCGGAGCCGGUGGCGCUUCUGGCGCGGCGGGGUCGCGGUGCGCUAG